UCGUUGGAAUAAAUUUUAGUGCUAGUCAGUGAUGUCAGCAUAACAACGAAUGUCAGUGAAAAUUUUCUAGGAAAAACUAGAAAAAUCCUCAGUGCUGAUGGAAUAUGAAAUGAGUGGGCGCAGUCCUAGCUACCGGAGGGUACGAUGGGCCUGACUUGAAAUUCGAUGCACUAACGGAAUGGAGAACGGAUAAUAAAUUAUCCAAAAAUGUUUAGGAUGUAAGCUAAUCCGUCUCAAUAUGAGUGAAAACGAUUAAUAAUGUACUCGUGUUGGGCGGAAGUAGUCCGACAAAUUGGGUGGUGAAAAGCAUGGAAAAGUUGUCUUCGUUAUGGGCGGAGAACAAAAUGAUUUAUUAUACGAGCAUAAAAAUAUGUUGAAAAUUCACAGUGGAAAUGGAUCAAGGAAAUCAAGUCGUCAGAAAUAUAUGGAAAAAAGUGGGGAAAAAGAUAAAUAUUCAAACCCUCCAGAUAGAUAGUGAAAAGAAGUAAUCAAAAACACCAGCCGACGGAUAAACAAGAAAAGAAGUAAAGAUUUUUUUUUAUCCUUGUGCGAAAUCCCGUGGUGGUGUGACAGACCGAAAACAGGAGCCAAAUAAGAAAACAAAUUAUCACACACCCACUCGAGUACGGCCGCGUUGAGAUUCAUUCGUCGGAUUUGGGGCUCGGCCACCGGUCUGAAGUGGUGAAAAUGAGCCUCUCGAAUGAAGGAUAAGUACGAGAAAAGCCCCUGGUGACACCGGAGACCGUCAUCGUCGGUUGUGAUAAGAUAGUGAUCUGCUGCCACGCCAUUCAUUUGCCGCAACCGCUCUCCGAGUCGCACGCUUGGGGGACAGGGGAACUCUCUAGGAUUAUGGCUGAUCUACAGGCGACCAUUGAGUUUGCCGUCGAGCUGUACAAGUUCUACAAUGUUGAUCUGUUCCAGCGAGGAUUAUAUCAAGUACGAUGUUCAUUGAGAGUAUCACCCCGACUGCCGGUUCAGGUGGAGACAUGCCUUCCGGACGCGUCGGCAACUACGGGAGUGCCUUCAGCUGCCAGUAUCGCCCCCGGUCCCGCCCCUGCCGCUGGUACUUCCGGAACGGGAGCCACCGGUCUCAACGGUAGCAACAAUGCGCCAGGUUCUGCCUCCAGCAGUGCCAAUACACCAAAUUCUACCAAUUCCUCCUCCGGUUGCAAUGCAGGAACGACAAGCAGCAGUGGAACGGGGAGCACCAACACCACAGCCGGUCCGGGCGGGUCGCCCACCAUCGGUACAACCGGCUCCGCGGCAACCAUCAUCGACGAUUGUGGCGCCUCACGUGUGUUCCAGAUUCUCUAUCGCAACGAAGAAGUGUCGCUACGUGACGUUAUCAUGUUCCGUGCCCAUUUACUAGUGGACAGUCGACAUCUGAAGGAGUCCAUAGAACGGGCGGAGUUUUCCCUUAAUCUCGAGCUGUGGUUUGGCGAACAGACGAACGGCAACAUUCUAACGUUGGCUUCGACGCGGACUCUCCAGCUCAACUUUCACCCGGGCCGGGGUCUGCACUACCAUCUGCCGGUGCUGUUCGACUACUUCCAUCUGGCGGCGGUCAGCGUGGGCAUCCAUGCCAGUUUGGUGGCGCUCCAUCAACCCUACAUCAAGAAAAGCAUUAUGCACUAUGUACAGAGCUGUGCUCCUAAAGCUACCAAACCAUGGAUCGGUAGCUCAAAACUCAACUGCCGCGGAGGAAACUCGCCCGGUCCACUGGAAGCAAUCUUUUUCGGACCGCAAGUUGGUGGAGGGGCCAAAUGUGGUGGUGGUUCAGCAGGUCGUCUUCUACACGCUCGCAAUGUCCAUAAGGAAAUCUGUGCCUUGCUGCUGGGAGCGCUGGAGUCGCUGCGGCUGUCGUUACAGGAGUUCUGUACCGUACUACCACACCAAUGGGCAUCCCUAACAGGAUCAACACCGCUCUCCAAUCUGGACACCGAACAAAGACUGAGAAAGCUUGCCGAUUCGGCGAAGGUCAUGGAUACCGAGGAUGAUCUUGCUGCACGUGCCAACUCCGACAUAGCUCAGCUAUGUGCUGAGUGCAUACUUUACUGGAGGCGAGUUCUAUCGGCUUCCACACAGCCAACUGUACACAGUUUGCUAUCCAAAAAGCAUCAUACUCUUCGGGUUAGGCGGUUUGCCGAAGGAUUUUUCGUGAUUGAAAAUCCUCGACACACAGCAAGUGGUUGUUACGACUCCAACUAUCAAAACUACGUGUCGAUAUGUGAGAUGGCCCGAAGAUCGAGAUACCUUUCUUCGUUGCCGCCCCUACCGGUUCAUUGCACCCCGCUCGAUGGUGACGCAAACUCACUACCGUUAAUUUUCGAAGAUAGAUACACGGAUUCAAACGAUUACGGAAAACGUCGAUCUGGGAGCGAACCACAUCUAAACGGCCACAACGGAACGAUUGGGAAAUUGAAAACGCAUCAUCAUCCAAACAAAAUAGCUCCAAUAAUGAGCGCCAAAGAAUGUUCAUGUGGAAUUUCGACGUGCUACAUUGAGCCUAUUCCAAAGAUGUGCAACAAUUACAUUGGGCUCAUGACCACUCGAUACGCCCUUGGCGGUGAUAUCCUACAAGCAAGCCUGACUAUUACCCCGGCUGCGGCUGCUUCCCAGAAUGGUCUUUGUACAAAGCCUUUAUCGCGUCACUCUGUUUCUACCCUAGCAGAACCGGAAUGCCAAUGGGAUCAGUUCAAAGCAAUUUACACCCCAGGUACGAACAUAACCGGCGGAACACUUCCGACGCGACAUAGCAAAUCGCUGGAUCAACUCGAAGUUCAAAAUAACACCGCAUCUUUACCACGUCAGCACGUCCAUAACGUCAAUUACAAUAACUACAAUCAAAAACAAAUCAUCUAUCAUCAGCCUGGUAACGCAAUAAUACAAGCUAUCCCAUCAAAACCAAAGAAAAACCCAGUCCAGGCAGAAGAUCUCCUGAAAAAUAUAAAUGAGUUCCGAGAAAAAUAUAGAAACCCUGGUGAUUCUCGUAAAAUAACCGCAACCAACGGGUCAACCGGUCCUACAAUUUACGAAGUGAAAGAUACAUCGUGCCAGUUGAUCAAGGAUCAUAUUCCUAACACUAUUCAAAAUCAGACCCGAAUGACUAAUGGUUAUGCCGUCCCUAAACCUAGCUAUGCUCUCGGAACAGACCACAAAACACCACAAACUGGGUGCUACUACAACACGCUACCGAAAGGUGCAGGAAUGGGUCUUGUCAUACCACCGAGAAACUCCUAUCCACCAAUUCGGAGCAAAAAGCAGCAGUCUACGGGAUCGCUUAACACGAAAACAGAUUCCAAUACUAUCCCCCGAAGUAAUUCAUCGCAAAUGCUACGUAAUCAGAACGGGACGUCAAAUGCCAGUAAUAGUAACACGCUGCCACAUCGAUCGGUGGAGUUCGCUCGAGUCCGAGUUACUGACUUGAAGCAUGCCGUGAACAACCAGCGAAGAAAUAGCAAGGGCACAAAUGGAACCAACGACUCUAGCAGUACUGACAGUCCCGUAGUCACUCCGAAAACACGCAGUAAACAACGGCGGCUGCUGUCAUCGGCAAGUGUUCCAUUCAAACUAGAAAACCUAGAACUGGAGCAAGCUGGCGGGACAAACGGUUUCAGCGAGAGUUUACCGAACUUAGCACCACCACCGGCAUUCAGUAACUCACCGCUUCCGCCAAUCCGACUACGGCGAAGACAUUCCAGCAGUGAAUCCACAUCCUCUCUAAGUGAACAAUCCGGAUGGGUUUCUAGCAGACGAAGUAGCCUUCCAUCGAGCCCAGAUACGUUGCGGAAUGAUCAUAGAGUUGUGAAUGGAGCGCAGUUAAGGAAAAGACUUUUGAAACUGUUGAAUGAACAGCCACGUUUAAUGGGUAGCAAACAUGGGCAUCAAUCUCAUGAAUUUUUGGUUCGAAGUAAUCAAAGCUCGAUGAAAUCAAGAUCGAACAACGACAACAUCAAAGGUUCUGUUCAAACUGAAAACUGGAACAAUCUGGAGAAGGAAUGGAAUGAACCGAGAUCUAUACACAAGAAUACUGAUCUCAAAAAGAGCAUUCAACAUUCAACUAUGGACACUCGUCCAUCUAAAAGAAGAACCAAAAAGGAAAAAUCCAAAUCCGAUUUUGACUUGGCGAACAUUUCUGACUACAUAUUCGAAGACCUUCGGUUGUUACCACCGCAACAGUUCCGCGAUGCGCCACCACCACCAGAUGAGUUCCGAGAUCCUCCUUCCUUAAUCGAGACCGUUACGAAAGAAAUUCUUCCUUUGCAACCUAUCCUCUCGAAGCCAUCACAUGCACAAAAGCAAUCACAACAACCGCCGCAGCCUCCAACUUCACUCAUUCCACAACCGCAAGCGAUUCCAUCAAUGGUCAUCCAACAACAGCAGAUUGUACCAUCGGUUCAACAGUACCAGGUACUCCCGGUCCAGCAGCAAUUCAUUCAACAACCCCAAUACAGUAAACCAAUCCAACAACCUAUCCGGGCACCACUAGUUUUCAAAAAAUACGAAGUUCAAGCCAUCGAUAACCCUCUUUAUCACAUCUACGAAGUCGUAAAAACACCACGUCCAAUACUGAAAUCGCAAAGCUCUAACGAGCUCGCUGCCAUCGCCAAAUGCGCAGAAACACUGAACAAUCCAAACGCUACCAUCAACUCUUCCCAUCAAAACGGUCACCAUCAGGUUCACAGUCAUCCAAUUCCCCCAGAACGUAAUUCUUCGAUGCGAGAACUACAUCGCCCGCCGCCGCCCAAACCCGACGAAGAUGAGUCCAAGAAACGAAUCGAUCCGCCUAUGCAACUGUUGGAAUUUGAAAAAUGCCGCGAGGAAUUUCGCAAGCAGAUUAGCUAUUCUGGUUCGAUUUACUCGGACUUCCAGAAGCUUGCAUCAGAGAUGCCUUACUUCCACAUCAGCGACGAGUUCCGUGCAUUCUCCGCCAAAGGGCUGCACCUGGUAAUCUGCGUCCACGGGCUCGAUGGCAACUCGGCAGAUUUGAGGCUGGUCCGAACCUACCUGGAACUGGGACUACCCGGAGCGCAUUUGGAAUUUCUCAUGUCCGAACGGAACCAGGGUGAUACGUUUUCCGACUUUGACACGAUGACCGAUCGGCUGGUGGCUGAGGUGUUGUAUCACAUCGAAACGUAUCAGCUAAACCCCAGUAGGAUAUCGUUCGUAGCGCACUCGCUGGGUACCAUCAUCGUGCGAUCGGCUUUGGCGAGACCUCAAAUGAGACCGCUGCUGUCGAGGUUACAUACGUUUCUCUCACUAUCGGGACCACACCUUGGGACGCUGUACAACUCUAGCGGGCUGGUCAAUAUGGGUAUGUGGUUCAUGCAAAAAUGGAAGAAGAGUGGCUCACUGCUGCAACUUUGCCUGCGGGAUGCACCCGAUAUGCGACAGAGUUUCCUAUUCCGGCUGAGUCAACGAAGUACGCUGCAUCACUUUAGGAAUGUUCUUCUGUGCGGAUCGUCGCAAGAUCGCUACGUUCCUCCCCACUCAGCUCGGCUUGAACUCUGCAAGGCAGCCGUUCGCGAUCAAUCCAAUCUGGGCGUCGUAUAUCGUGAAAUGGUUAACAACAUUAUAUCCCCAAUGCUAGCCCGUCCGGAUUUGACGCUGGCUCGAUUUGACGUACACCACGCCCUGCCCCAUACGGCUAACGCCCUGAUCGGACGGGCCGCCCACAUCGCUGUACUGGAUUCGGAAUUGUUUAUCGAAAAGUUUUUACUCGUCGCCGGGUUAAAAUAUUUCAGCUAGCUGUUUGAAUUUCGGGUCGCAUUACAAUAUUACGUAAUGGUACUACAUCGAUUAGUAGUAUGUAGAUGGAUUGCGAUUGGAUUUACGCGUGAGUACUGGCGCUGCAGACAGUAGAGCCCGCUACAGAUAAACAGUUGUAGUAUCAAAAAAAAAAUUAGCAUAAGAAAUACCAAAUUGAAAAUGACUGAGCCUAAGUUAAAAUCUGUUAGAAACGUUAUGGUAUUGCUAUAUACUUGUUCUAGAGCUACAAACAAAAAGGAUGUGAAACGUAUAAUAACCACACAAAAUUGGUACAGGGUCAACAAAAUUACAAAUUUUGCUGUAUGUGUUUAAUGUUACCUAUUUACCGGCAGACGUAAAUCUCAAACCAUAUACCGAUACCAAUUAUUGUUAAAUAAUGAUCUUCACUGCCGGCUGUUGAUUCAAUCGUGGUGGGUUAGUUAGGUUUUCGGAAAUUUCUUCUUUACACUUACCACUUAUAGCUUAUAUAUUAGGUUCUGUCCUGUCUUUUUCUGUGUUAGAGAAUAAACAAACGAUCAAAUAUAAUUUUAUGAAUGAGACUGAUUUAAACUAAACUUUAUAUAAUGCGACAAAACCAAAUCGGAAUUUUUAGACGUAAACAUGUGAAGUAACACAUUAAAAGGUAGAUCAAUCAAAACAUUGGGAAUCAAUAAUACGAUAUGUAUAAUGGAAUGGAUAUUAAACGUAAACACUAUACGACAGUAGCUAGAGUAGAGGUUUUAAAGUGAAUGAACAGGGAUAGAAAAUAAAAAAGAAUCGUAUUUGUGCUGAAGAUUAGCAAUAAAAAAUGCAGGAUAUGAGAAUAUAGUAACGACCAGAUUAAAUGAAACUCAUAUUGUUAUGUUACGAUGCUAAAGCAUGAAUUGGUCUGUUGGAAUCACCAAUACCUUUUAGCAACUCUAUUCAUUUGCGUUCAAGAAAACUCUUAGCAGAUGUGAAGUAUUGUUUUCUAUGCUAUAUUUCUCUUUAGUGGAGAAAAAUUAGGUAAAACUCUUUUUUAUACACUAAAGAGAAAAUACCUACAACUAAAUUAGUUAUGGAAUUUGCGUUUUGACUUCGUCUCAUCAGAAUCCGACACUAACUUAGUGACAGCACUAAGCUAGCAACGAAUCAACGCUAGCACCAACAAACGAAAACACUAUGUGUGUUUCUCAGCAAGCCCCGCAAGAAAGGAGCUCUGAUUAGGUGCUGUUUUGUGAAGUUAGCGUUACCCCAGCGCUAGCUUAGUCUUGUCACUAAGUUACUGUCGAAUUCUGAUGAGACGAGGUCGCAACGCAUAAUUUAAUAUUUUCUGCUGAUAGAUCUGUUCUACGGCCUCACCCCGUCGUAUUUUGAAAUUGUUACCAUUCGGUUUUCAGAAUAAUUUAAUAGUUUUACAGAGAGAAUUAAAUUUGUCUUGCGACCUUCAUAAACUAUUGAUUGUGUUGGCGAAAAACAAAUAAAAUUAUUGUAACUUCAAAUAAAAAUGUUUCUAGCAUGACAUUUACGAUGGUUCUAUGCUGCUAAAGUCAAUUAAAGCAAAAUACCUGAAGUAAACCUUCAGCAAAUCUUUAAAAAAAGUUAAUUUCAACCAUUAACCAACAAGUAAACAACCAUUGCUAGAGUACACCGAUAUAUGUAAAAGACACCAAUUUCUUACAAAAAAAAAACAAAAAGUUUCGUAACUCAUUUUAACCAAUAAACAGGCCGUAUAGCAAUAGGAGUGGAAUAUACUUAUUAACCAACAGAAAAUCAACUUUGUAGCCGAAUACUGAAAAAACGAUCAGAUCAAAAUAACACUUCAUUAAAAGAACAGUUGUCUGGUUCAGCUGUAAGAACAUUGGUUUUUACCAUACGAAUGGUACGUCAACCAAUCGCUAUUCCGAACCCAACACUACUUAUAACUAUUGAACAAAAAUUGACAGAAGAACCCAAUUACGAUGAUAGACUACACCAUAUUCUCGUAUAAGAUAAGAAAUACCAAAAGAUACAUGUUGAUAAGUAAUCGAUCAAAAGAAGCAUUACCAAAUAAUCAAAUCAAACUUUUUAGAUUAGUCCUAAACAUAGGUGCAGUUCGUAUUCCGGAAUCGUUAAGCAUUACAAACAGAAGGAAAUGAGCAGAAUGUUACACUACGUAAGGUGCAGUUCAGAUUUUGGCACAAAGUUAGAUACUCAGAUAUCUCGAAGCAGUUAAAGAGAGAUUUGUUUGCGAAUGCGUGAUUAUUGCAAAAAAACAGGAUUUUAUCUGAAAGUUGCCCGUUUUAUAAAACCGAAUAGUAAGAGUCUAUUAUGAUAGAAGUGAAGAAACAAGUGACUAUUUUUCUGACCUAACCUUUUCCUUGACCGUUGCAAAAUAGUUCUUCGCAUAUCUACUCUUGUUCAAUACAAUUCGUUUCUAUUUACGUUCCACGGACUCAGAUGCUAGACAGUCCACUUUCGCCAGCACUGAUGCGACGUAAAAAUAGUAUGCCAAAUCUUCUUUGACUUUACCAUUAAUGUGUAACGAGGGAGGCAGCAAAUGAAUCAAAAUAAAUGGAAUUCAGCCAGCUGGUAGACACCGAAACUAUCUCUAGGAACUUUAUUCUUUAUAUGAGGCUAGGGGACUAGAGUACCUACUUAACUGGAGUGUUUUAAUGACGUAGGGAGAAUUAUAAGCAAGUUAGCAUAUAUGCUGGAUGUAAGCGAAUGUUACAGUUACAAUGGAAUGGAUAUUACUAUACACAGUAGAAAUAAUGGUAGAGUCUAGAAUAUAGUGAUACAAUUUACCAAAACCGUUAGUAGAGUUAGUGGAAAUAAAUUUAAACAAUAUA